CCGAUGAUCGGAGCUGUCUCGACUGGAUGCUAGCUGGCUAGCUAACGGUCUGUCAAGUCGCACACAUUGGGCUAGAAGGGGGAAGCGCAGCGGUGGAGAAGAAGGGCGACUUGAGUGCCGCGACGAAAUGGCCGGCCAACAGUUCCAGUACGACGACAGCGGCAACACCUUUUUCUAUUUCCUCACGUCCUUCGUCGGACUCAUUGUGGUCCCGGCGACAUAUUACCUGUGGCCCCGGGAUCAGAAUGCUGAACAACUGCGUCUGAAGAACCUGCGGAGGGUGCAUGGCAGGUGUCUGUGGUACCAGCUCAGGCUGACGAAGUCCCAGCAGAGCAUGGUCCCAACACUAAAGAAAGCAGCCUUGUUGUUGGGCUGGGCUGUGUUCCUGCUGCUGGCCUACAAGGUGUCCAAGCUGGACAGAGAGUACCAGGAGUAUAAUCCAUAUGAAGUUCUCAACUUGGACCCGGGUGCAUCACUGUCAGAAAUCAAGAAGCAAUACCGUCUACUGUCGCUCAAGUACCACCCGGACAAAGGUGGCGAUGAGUCCACGUUCAUGAGGAUUGCCAAAGCCUACGCUGCUCUGACCAAUGAACAGUCACGACAGAACUGGGAAACGUACGGCAACCCGGACGGUCCAGGAGCAACCAGCUUUGGUAUUGCCCUGCCGGCCUGGAUUGUUGACCAGAAGAACUCAAUGCUGGUGCUGUUGGUGUAUGGACUCGCCUUCAUGGUCGUCCUUCCUGUGGUUGUGGGCACAUGGUGGUACCGCUCCAUCCGAUACAGCGGAGACCAGAUUCUCAUCAACACCACGCAGCUCUUCAUGCAUUUCAUGUACAAGACGCCCAACAUGAACAUGAAGCGGUUGGCGAUGGUGUUGACAGCAGCGUUUGAAUUUGACCCUCGCAGCAAUAAAGAUGCCACCAUACGACCAACAGACAACAUCGAAGUGCCACAGUUGAUCCGUGAGUUGGGGAAUAUCAAUGUGAAGAAGAAGGAGCCUCCGUUCUGCUAUCCUUACAGUUUGAAGGCCAGGGUCUUGGUGCUUGCCCACCUGGCACGCAUGGACGUGUCGGAGGAGUUGGAGGAAGAUCAGAGGUUUGUGGUGAGGAAGAGUCCUGCGCUCCUGCAGGAGAUGAUCAACGUCGGCUGUCAGCUUACUAUGAUGGCCAACAGCAGAGGAGGUUUCCACGCUCCUCGACUGGUUACCAUAGAGAACUGUAUGAAGCUGACCCAAAUGAUAGUGCAGGGUCUGCAGGAGUCCAAUUCGCCACUGUUGCAGCUGCCCCACUUUGAGGAGGAGCACCUCCGCUACUGCGUCUCUAAGAAGUAUAAAGUUCGGAGCCUCCAGGACCUGGUCAGCCUCAAGGACUCCGACAGACGCAGCAUGCUGCGUUUCUUGGGGGAGGAGAAGUACGAUGAGGUCUUUGCUGUGCUGGGCAGCUUCCCUCACAUCGCCAUGGUCACCAAACUGCAGGUCCUUGAUGAUGAAGACAGCAAUAACAUCACAGCAGGCUCUAUUGUAACAGUAACUGUCACCUUAACCAGAAAAUGUAUGGCGGAGGUGUUUGAAAAGGAGCAGGACUCAUCACCGUGUCAAACAGAGGAGGCCGCCACGACGGAGGAAGGACAGGGAGACUCGAGUAAAACCAAAACAAAAGUGUGGCAGAACAAGAGUAAACCUGCUAAAAAGACACCCAAGUCGAAGAAGAAAAAAUUAACCAAGAAGAAGGCCACUCCUGCGCCUGCUAAAACCAAGCAGGCCAAUGGCAACGUGGCAGGAAAUGAAGUUGUAGCAGCAACAGCCGCAGCCGCAACAGCAGCCGCAACAGCAGCCGCAACAGCAGCCGCAACAGCAACAGCAGCCGCAACAGCAACAGCAACAACAACAACAACAGCAGCAACAACAACAACAGCAGCAGUAGUGAAGGAGGAAGAGGAGGAGGCCUCGGACAAGGGCAGCGAGUCGGACGAGGCUGAGGCCGAGGCCAACAAGGACUCUCCCAGCGAGAGAGACGAAGACAGCGAAAAACAGAGCGACACGGAGGUGGACGAGAUCGCCGGCGACGACGAAGAGGAGUGGGCGGCGCUGCAGCAAAGCAUCCAGCGGCGAGAGCGCGCUCUGCUGGAGACCAAGUCGAAGGUGACGCACCCCGUCUACAGCGUCUACUUCCCCGAGGAGAAGCACGAGUGGUGGUGGCUGUACAUCGCCGACCGCCGAGACCAGACCCUCGUCUCCAUGCCCUACCACGUCUGCACGUUAAAAGACACGGAAGAGGUGGAGCUAAAGUUUCCAGCCCCCUCCAAGAUGGGCAACUACCAAUAUUCUAUCAUCCUUCGCUCUGAUUCCUACCUGGGCCUGGACCAGAUCAGGCCUCUCAAGCUGGAGGUCCACGAGGCCAAGGCCAUGCUGGACAACCACCCGCAGUGGGACAUCCCCGACACGGAGGAGGAGGACGAGGAGCAGGAGGACAGCGACGGCAUCGAGGAGAGCGAGGACGACGAAGAGGACAACGACUGAACGGCAAGACGCGCUCAGCCCCGCCCCUCUCCGAUGGACUGGCCAGCCACUCACUCCUGACCGCCACAACACCCAAGAGCAGCGUAUGAGUGCCCGUCACACACACACACACACACAAUCACCGGGGAGAGUUUAUACACACAGAGCCCCCCUUCUUCUCUUCAAUUUUAUCUUUACAUGGACUGUGACUCCGCCCCUCCACUUUCCCCCUUUUCUACAGAGACUUGUUCGUUAACUUUCCGUUGCUGGCGGAAGAGAAUUCUGUGAAUACUUGCCCAAGUGUGUGUGUGUGUGUGCACACGUGUGAGCGGAUGGUGUGUGUGUGUGUGUGUUUGUAUCCUUUUAUGUGUUUGUAAAGGUGUGAAAGAUGUACACACUGGACUGGAGGACCUAUUGUCUGGGCUCUUUUCUUCUUUUCUUGAGGUGGAGUGGGAAAUGUACGACCGCUAGUUUGCUAAAUUAACUGAACCCCGUGACCUCCGUUUGGACUUCAUGACAUCGCUCUCGCUCCUAAUUUUUAAAACUCACUCGGCACCGAUGUGUUUCCACACCAAUGAUACUUUCUAUUGUACAAUUAAAAACUGCAGAAGUGUGAGCUUUGGCCCUAUUUGUCGGGGAUCACGUCAACCAUUCGGGACAUUUGAUCCUUUCGGCGCACCGGAGCCCCGUGGAGUCUCUUCAGGUUGAGUUUUUUUAUUUUCGUGCUCGCUGUAUGUUUCAGGCGACGUCCGCAGAUAGACGCUGAUCUCCGCGCGGUUCCGUUAAUUAUGUUUCUCCUGCCCCCGUGAGCCCCGUCUGACUGUGUUUCAGGAAGAGACGGCUGUGGGUCGGAAGCAGGCGAUUCCUGAAUGAACCGGCCUCGCGUGUAAUGGGGGAAUGGCAGAACUUGCAGUGUUACAAUUAUUUUUUUAAAUUAAUGAAUACUGUUGUCCAUAUACUACAUACAAGUUGUGAGUUUCAGUCUUUUUUAAGGGACUCAAAUACUGAGAUAGAGAUAUUAUAUAUAAUAUCUAUCUGUUUGAGACUUUUAAGAGAAAUCCUUUCUUUUAAACAUUUUUUUGUUCUCUUCCUUUUUACAAUUGUAGCACAUUCCAGUGUAUACUCAUUGUCCAAAAGGCCUUAUGAAUACAACUGAAUUACCACAACAGACGAGUCCUUGGGUGCUAUGCACCAGUGGUCCUUGGGAGAGCUUUUUUUUCAGUGCGUGUGUUUUGUACCAGUAUUUUUCAUUUAUUUUGAUUUAGAGUUAGUCUCCUUAUAUUAAACUACCACUCCGUCGUCUUGGGAUCCAUAUCACAGAUUGUUCCAUGACAAAACCUCGAAGUACAGUUGAGUCUGCAAGUCUGUCUUUGGAAGGAUGUUGCUAGUCGUACGUGACGCGCGAUCGCCCACAACUUUAGGGUAAGACCACGCACAUCUCGUCCAGCACCUUGUUUCUGUCGUCAUUAAAGUAGAACCAGCUUCAUUUUGUUAUUUCAACUGCCAUUUCAGAUGGGAAGGUUUUUCUCCCCACCACAUCAGCGUAAGGAUUUUGUUUUUGAUUUUCUGGCUAUCCAAGAGAAUCCACUUUGAUUUAAACUUACUUUUUAUUUUUUUUAUUUUUUAAAUGUAACAAAUUGUCUCGUUUUGUUCCAGUCUAUAUCUUUUUCUUUUCUUUAAUCUGCUAGUUUCCAGUGAAAAUCCGAGCUUCCUUGUGCGGCUUUAUUCAGAGGGGGUAUGAAUACUUGUGGGCGCUCUGCCGACACCACAUCCUCACAAGGACACACGAGCCCUCCUGUUAUUGCGUUCAAAGCAAGUAAUAUCGUAUCGCGCUGCAAUAGGAUGUACCAUCCGUCGUUUUCGCUGCGUGGAAGAAAAAAGAAACUGCAGUGAGGUUAAAAUCCGACACCACCUCUCUCACGGCAGACCUCGUCCGGCCAGCAGGCCACCCAAUGACUAAUCUCUGCCACUUUUGUUUACAAAGAAACUGUCAUUGUAAAUGGAAAAAAAAAUAUUAUUUGUAUUUAAAAUCAUUUCAAAUAAAAAAACUUUAAAAUGA